GAAUCACACUUUGCACAGGUGAAGGCUCAUAAUCAAUAACAAGAACAUCUAGCAAGAGGAAACAAUGUACACAGUCUUCACAGUCUUCAAAAUUGGAAUAAUUGCAGCAUUCUUUGCUUGCGCGUUUGCAACCUAUCCAUUACAAGUUCAAAAUGAAGUUGAGAAUCAACCGACAGUUGGAGAUGUGAAUAAGGCUCUCUCCUACAUACCUCUUAUUGACAAACUUCGUGGUCGGCCUGGUCGUGAUGGUAUGCCUGGAAAAGAUGGGUUGCCAGGAGAACAAGGACUGAAGGGGCCCGCAGGAACACAAGGACUUCCUGGACCAGUCUCAGCCGGAGUGACUUACAUCAGGUGGGGGAGGACUAAAUGCCCUGAGGCACUAGGAACGGAACUAGUCUACUCGGGAAGAGCAGCUGGUACUCACUACACAAAUAAGGGAGGGAGUGCAGAGAGAAUAUGCCUACCUAACAAUCCGGACUAUCUUUCAAGUGCAAAUGGAGUGCAAGGACAUAGCCCACUAUAUGGAGCUGAGUACGAGUCCUUUCCCCCGGCACCUCUAGGUCACCUUGGGGAACACAACGUCCCCUGUGCAGUCUGCUACGUGCCCACAAGAGCAGCCAUGAUCAUGAUACCAGCCAAGACUCAAUGCCCCACCUCCUGGACGAUAGAGUAUGUCGGCUAUCUGAUGACCGAAUACUACAACUCCGCUCGUUCAGUGUUUUCCUGUGUUGACAAAGAUGCUCAGAGCAUUCCCGGCGGAGUUGGUAACGAGAAUGGAGCCCUGUUCUAUCAUGUUGAGGCAACCUGCAGUGGCAUUCUCUGUCCUCCUUAUGACACAGAGAGAGAGCUGACAUGUGCAGUUUGUACCAAGUGAACCAAUCAUGUACAUGCAUGACUAUUGAACAAACACACAUAAUUAUAUAUACGUGUACGUGUAGGUUUGUAAGUUUUGUGCAUGAUUUUGUGAGUGGA